CUAGCCGUUGUUUUCUUGUUUUUAUUUUGCACUUUUAUUCUGUUAUUUUCUGCUCCUGACUUAUUUUGUGAAUACUUGCAAGAGAGCAGUCAAGAAAAUCAACAACGAAAAUUAGGAAAAUUGUAAUUAAAUUAGAGCAAAAUUUAACAAACAGUAGGCAUUGUUAACUAUUGCGAAAUACUCAGGUACAACAAUUGUUUUAACAACCGGCGCUGUUGGUGAAAAUGAUGUAUUUACCAUUAUUAUACGUUUUAACAGGAGCUUUGAACGUUUUACUACUAAAGUGGAGUGACACUUUGGAAGGCGAAUGUAGCGAUGGAAAAUGGCGUCGUUUCCAACAUCCAGUGGUUCAAACUGCACUCAUGUUCUUAGGGCAAUUUCUUUGCUUCGUCUUUUACAAAGCUGCAUUUUUCUUCCUUCAGCGGCGCGGUACGGGUGCAGAGGGAGAAAAUAUAUUGACACGAGGAGGACGUGAAUUUUCACCGCUUCAAUUGUUUCUACCAGCUGCAUUGGAUGUAAUGGCUUCUGUUAUACUAUUAACAGGUCUCUAUUUAACAUAUGUAUCCAGCUUUCAAAUGCUAAGGGUUGCUGCUCUAAUAUUUGUUGGAAUAUUUGGUGUCAUACAUCUAAAUCAAACGUUAACUGCACGUCAUUGGAUGGCUAUGUUCACCAUCAGCUGCGGUAUCUUUGUAAUAGUUUCUAUUGAUGUACAACGCGUUGGAUAUGACCGUAUUUUAUUGCCAAAUUGGGAUAGUAAUGCAGUAUUAACCGGUAAUUUACUGGUACUUUUCGCACAAAUUUUCCACGCAGCUAAAUUUGUCUAUGAUGAAAAGUGCCUAAAAGGUACGGAUAUACCGACCAUGUUGGCUACAGGUUGGCAAGGUAUCUUCGGGCUAUUGAUCACAGUCUUGCUAGGGGUAUGCCUGAAUUUUUUACCCUCACCAGUGCCGCUUAACCAUAACAGCCGAGGUGUUUUUGAUGAUUUAGGAGAUAUUAUACCACAGCUACGCAGUAAUCCCACUUUAUGGGCACCCUUAAUUAUUUUCGUUUUCUCAAGCGCUUGUUAUAAUUUUGCUUCGCUAACCAUUGUAAAGUAUUCAUCAUCAGCUAAUCGACUGCUGGCCGAUGGCUUACGUGUUCUGCUCAUUUGUUGGAUGGCGUUCAUGUUGGAGUGGGAAUGGUUCAACCUUAUAACAUUAAUGGGUUUCAUAAUAUUGGAAAUGGGUACGAUUGCUUAUAGGAAUGCGAUAUUUAUUGAGUGGUAUAGAUCGCUAAUAGCACGUUUGAUGCGUGGGAGAUAUGCAGACUUAAGCAAUGAAACAGCCAACGACAACGUAGAGCCUGGUGUAUCGACAAAUCGUCCGGCAGAUGCUAUUUAAAAAAGCUUCAACUGAUAUAACGCACUGUUGUGAUAUGCAAAUGUAAGAAAGUGAACCUUUCAAGAAUUUAUAGAAAAAAAAAACACGAGCUACGGGAGUGUAAAACUGACACGACUAAAUAUAUAGUAAACUAUUUUUCAAUGUAUUUAAAAAAA